AUGGACAUUCCCACGACCUCUGCCGCUGCCGCAUCCGUUGCAUCUCGGGUCGGUCAAGCACCUACGCCGUAUGAGCGCGAGAUUUUGACAGCUCUCGGUCACUACCCUCAAGGAACUGGGUAUCGCAGACGAUAUGUUCGAGCCUCUCGGCGAAUUUUCGACUCCACAGACGAAUGGCCAUGGGAGUGGGCAGCCGACUUUUUGCCCAAUAAACCAUGGGGUUAUUGUAUGCUCGAAGAGAUCGCCCGAACUCUUGAUGAGCUGGACAGAAGGUCGACCGAAGCCAACAGCGACAGCAACGCGGAAACCCUCAGAGAGUUCCUCCGAAAUAGGGCUCGUGAGCGGGACCAGAGUGAUCCGCACCUGAUCCCCGGUGACGUGCGCAAAGCUAUGGAACAUUUUGGUGUGAAGAGAAAUGCGAAACGAACUACGGAGGCCCCAAAUGACAGUGAGGUUAACGGAGAGGAAGGCAGAUCUGAAGACCACAAGAACGCAAACAAUGGGUUCACUGGAGGGAACGACAAUCAACAAGGUGAAACGCAGAAUGAAGUUGAUGCUGCUGGUUCCACUUCGCCGGUAACUGCUGGGAAUCGGAAACGCCCUGGUGAAGCAUUCGACAAUUCUCAGACCAGAAAGAGUGCUCGAAGAGAUGAGCCCGAACACCAUGGGGGGCCAGCUCUUGAUGGCCCUGCUCAAACAAUGCCACAGACUGAAGGCCUGAUUGAUUUGGUAGGCCAGGUCCAGUUCCCAGUGACCGAUGAGAAGCCACUUGCACCGUUCCUGUCAAACAUCGUCAGUACGAUCGAGGACCAGAGAGCCGCAACGCGAAUGACUCUAAAUGGGAUCAAAGACCAGCUGAAUGCCGCACGAUUUUCGAUGAGAGCACGAGACACAUCGCUGAACGAGUUGGCCCAGGACGGGGUAACCACACAAAGGCUUGAGGAACUUCGCUGGGCGUUUGGGAAUACGAUUGAAGCCAAAAGGGACAUACAGAGAGCAAAGACGUUCUUCGAACGACACCAGGCCGAGUUGGCCUUGGACGCCCUCCUCGCUUCUCAGGUGGCAGAACAGUAUGAAACGAGACUGCGUGAAUGCGAUGAGGGCAUUGCUCAUGCUGAGGCCGAUCUUCGGGGCAUGGAAGAGGCCUAUACUGCCAAGUGUCAGGAGUGGGAGAGACUCAAGAGCCUGCUUCGCAAAGACCAAGAAAGAGUCAGACAUCUGGAAGUCUCCCACGAACACUUCACCCUGCAGCUCGAGUACUACCGCACGAUUGGAGAUAUGACGAAGCUUGGGGCUUACGGCGUGGCAUCUCUGACAAAAAGGCUUGCGGAAAAUGGCAUUGCGUUGUUCACUGCGACAAAAGAUUCCGGAAUGAAGAACGAGUCUUCAGUCGACUCCGCCUCAUGA